CACUCAGGAGCUUUUAUUCUGAAACACAGCCCGUUAGCCUCCUGUCGGCUAGCAGCUCAGAGCUCCGUGGUUCUACAGUCCGGUAAAGUCCGGUGAAGUUCAGAGGAAUGUCGGUGGAUCUUGACCGGACUCCCCGAAACCUGCUGCUGUGUGAACGGUCCAGUCUGCUGGACCAGAAGAACCGGCUCAGUGCGCAGGUGCAGCAGCUGCACUUCGGCUAUAAGGUGUCUGUCUUGCUGCCUGAGUGUAGCUCCGCCCCCUCCCAUCUGGAUUCAGUGUUGAACAGUUUCAGCAGCUUCUACCUGAUCAGGAAGCUGCCCAUAUAUGAACUACUGGACUCAGACUUCCUACAGAAGGCCGUGUACCCAGGUGGUGUGUACGGUCUGUCGUACAGAACCAGGAUCGAUGAAGAUAACUGUGUCGCUUUGAUGCCAAAUGGUCGCCUGUGUCUGUCUCUGGAUAAGGACUCCUUUGAGCUGUUGGGGUUUGAAGGGAAGCCAUCCAAAUUCAACCACAGGAGCAGAAGUAGAUUUGUCGUCUCCGUCGACCUGACCGACAGCAGCAUGGCGACUGGUGGGCGGGGCUACAUGAGGCUCCUCACAGGUCUGAAGUCCCGCCUUCGUUUACAGACAGACUUCCUGCUGUCACAUCAUCCAGGGGGCGGGGCCUGUCUGCAGCCCUUACUGUCGCGAUACGAUUGGUCAGAGCACACACCUGAGGUCAGCCACUGCCAUCUGACCCACCUGUCCUGUCCCGCCCCUCGGUCAUGUGACCCUCACGGCCUCCUGGAGUGGCUGGGUGCCGUGGACGCUGAUGUCAGCAGGGAGGACCCGUCCAGCAGCUUCCUGUCCUCGCUGACGUGUCCCGACCCGAAGACAAGGCUGGGCGGUGCUCUGAGGGUGUCGGUCUGCGGCCUGCUGCUGCCUCCAGACGUCCAGCGCCUCAUCCAGGAGCUCAGGCGUUACCUGGAGCAGCCUCUGUUGGAGUCCUGGGUGUCCCUGACGGUCCACGGAUUUGUGGACAGUCCGGUGUCAUGGGGGGACGGUAAGCACGGCGUCCUGAGGGGAGGAGACAACUUCUACAACCUGCUGCUGUUCCAAGACCACACCUACCAGCUGCACCUGGCCACAGGAGCACACGACACCUGUCCACCCUGACACCUGUCCACUGGGACACCUGUCGCUGUCCUUUGUAUUAGUUUCGUUGUAGAAACGUUUUGGGUUCCAGGUUCUGUUGUGUUUUUUGUAAUAAAAUUCUUUCUGUGAAUACAA